UCUUUUCAUUUUUAUUUGUAGCCUGUCGUCAUCAUUGACAGUUAUGACUUUUGCGUUGAUCUGUCACCGUUCCGGAGGGAAAGUCAUUCAUUUUCAAUGAGCUCAUCGAUGUACUUGCUGCUACGCCUUGACGGUUCCUCGAGAACCUAACCUUUCUGUAACGGCCACGCGUGCGCUUUACACAAACCAUGCUUGAACACGGGAAUUUUCUAACAGUAGCACCGUCGAGCGGUCUCGAGCUUGUGUCGGGAUAAGGAUUUUCUGUGGCGAAUUAAUUAUUCGCGUAACAGAAUUAACAAGCGAAGUGUCGGUCGUCUUGAACGGUUCUCGUCGGAGCUCUCGAAAUCAUGGCUGGCAUCGUACCACUUUCUGGCAGAUCUGGUCGAAAACAAUGGACACUUCACGAUGGACCGCGAGGAUCUCUCAGACGACUGCGAUCUCAACUCGCCGAGGACGGUUGCCCGGAAUCUCAAGUAGUUUUAGCUAAGCAACUGUUGGAAGAAAGAUGUGAUCUGGAUGUUGAUAAGGAGGAAAAUGCAAAGUUGGGAGUAUACUGGCUUACGAAAGCUUCGGAACAGGGUAACUUGGAAGCAACGGAUAUCCUUAGGAAGUGUUUAGCAACCGGUCGCGGUAUCACUGAACAUAAUUAUUACGAUGUAAAGAAUUGCCUGGAUAUGACUCAAGAUGAGAAAUUAGCCAGAAGAGCGGCAAGGGAAAUGUUUACUAGUCUUUCAAAUGGGGAGGAUUUUAUCACAACAGAGCAGCUACAAAGACGAAUGAGGGACUUGGCAUCAAAUUCUAUCAAUAAUGCCAAUUGUUGCCAUUCGAAUAACAUGCCACAUAGUAAUUCUCAGAAGUCAGUACCUAAGAAGGAGGAAGAAAAGGAAAACGAUGUUCAUGAUUGGAUGCAUUGCCAAGGAGAGAAAAUCACAGAGGCAGCUUUAGUUUCUGCUGCUGCCAGCUACGCUCGAGGGAUGCUUCCUAUAGUUUCGCAUGCCCUCUGUAUGGUGGACCCGACUCAAAUGGCACUAGAUACCAUACCACUGUUACAAAGACCUUUAAUACACCCCCUUGCAUCUUUAAAGCGGCUUUAUAUUUGGCUAAUAGAAACGUUAGGGCAGAGGGGAAUGUCGAUUAGGAAGUUCCUCUUCACUUCAAACGUACACGUGCUGUUGUUGCUUCUAUUGUACUCGUUAUUUGGCACGGAGAGCCUCAUACUCUUCAUACCCAUGGCUCUAUACUACCUGUCCUUCACGGUAAUGGUCAUAGCCACGUUCCAGAUGUUACAACGGAAACGCGAGUUCAACAACUUCCGCGUCUGGUCGGGAUUGUUCCUCAGUUACUCGGGUGGCAACUUGAACCCCGAGGAGGCGGAAUACCAGUACUGCUGUAACAAUCUCAAGCCUUACGCUCACUUCUUUCUCGCGCUGCUUCUGAACUUAAUGAUCUACCCCAUCAUAGCUCAUCAGUGGACGCCCCAGUCAGAAUUCACCAUCAUAGCUGUCGCGUUGACGUUAGUCACGCUCUUGAACUUCAUGUGGAAGGACUCUUCCAGGUUCCCAGACUUCCUAGCGCUCUUCAGUUUCGGUGUUCACGUCCUCGCGAAAUACCCGUACGAAACGGACAUCGUGGUCGCGCAGGGAUGGAGGUUCCUCGACAUAAGGGUGCCCACUUUCGCCUCGUACGUCGUCGGGAACGGUAUAGAGUUCUGUCUAAAUUUCCGGGCAGUUUUCUACCUGCUGAUACCUGCGGUCUUCGCGAAAAUGGCCGCUCAGGACAAUUGGCGGGGCACUUACCAGACUUUAAUACCUCAUUGUGUGACGUUAAGCUGGUGGCAAAUAGCCAUCUUCAGCUCUCAAGGGGCGACGUGGUACGGAUUAAUUAGGGGUGCCCUUGCGUUGGUCGGUAUGGUACUUUUUUUGCCUCUGGCGGGAUUAGCGUCUAUUAUCCUACCAAUUGUGGCCGCUGCUAAAUACUUGUCGGAGAGUGACCUGGCCAUGAGAAUAGUGGUGACCGCUUUGCUCGGAGGGAUGCCAUUCUUCGCUUCCUGGUAUUUGCGGAAGACCAGGACCCCUAGGUUCAAUUGGAUCAUCACCGUCAUCCAGUUGUUCAUGGGUGUCGGUGCCGGGAUGUUCUUGUGCUGGCCGAUGAUCAUGGAGUACAAGCAGGAGCCGGACAUAUACAAAGUGAUCCCCACGCUGUCAUGGGAGCAAUAUCAGAACCACUGUCAUCAACCGGCAUGGGAGGAACUGUCGUCCAAGGCGCAAGUGCAAAUUCAGUGCGCCGAUCUGGAGGGAAUACUCGUCUCGUGGGAGGGCUACGUGACCAACAUUAAGCUGAAGACGUUGAGCAACAGCGUCGCGACGGUCUUCGACAAGCUACCCGACAGUAUCAGGAACGCGAUCGGCUGCAUGUACGGCGAGCCGCACUCGAACAACUGCGACUCCGUCGACCACCAGCGGCAAAAGAACUGCAGGCAUAUCGCGAGCAUUCAGAAGCGGAAGAACAAGUGCCACUUUCCUGCGUGGAACCAGUACGAGUUCGAGAUCUCGGUGAAGAUGAAAAGUGGCAUGUGGGGGAACAACGCGGAGGUUCUGCUGAUAGCCGAGCAUUCCUUCGCGAACUUCAGCCUGAACAUUUAUCCGGGGGACAAGAUCUGGUUCUCCGGUACUCUGUUGAACGACGGUUUGCAAGCGGAGUCCCUGCUAGGCGGCGCCGAGCCGCGCGUUCAGCUGGAGGAGAUCGGUUGCCUCGCGUGUCACUCCAUCGACUUGAAAUCUUACAAACGCUACGCGUAUCACAUAACGUUCAGCUCGGUUUUCAGCGACCUUUGUCUGAGCAUAAAGACUGUUCUGAACUUUCUGUUUAACCCUAUCGUGAUAUUCACAUAGAGAACGGGAUCGUGCAAUCUGUAGGAUGCAUCGAAUCGUGACUACUUUUAGAACGAAACCGUUUGCUCGAGACCUUUGAGUGUUUCCAUGGGGCGUUCGAGGAGGCAGACUUAGGUACUCGAGGAGCAAAGCGUGUACAUAUAAUCAACUCGCAGUUUUUCUCUUGGAGAACAUGUAUUACGGUCGGAGUAUCGAAUCUUCACUGAUUUCUCAUGUAUUACAGUUUCGUUUUUACAUUAAAGUUAUACGGUUUAUUAUAGUUGAAUUGGAAAUUAUUGUUGUUCGGAUAGUAGAGUAGGGAUUGAACGAGAUAACUUUUUUAACCGAUGUACGCAAGUCUAUAUAGAAUAAUAUACAAGCAUAUUUUGAUGUACCAACGCCUCAGGCAUUUAGAAUCUCAAUGAGAAUGAUAUCUAUGUGACGGAGAACACUUAUACAUAUACAUACAUAUAUAUACAUGUGUAUAUACAUAUAUAUACCUAUGUAUAUUUUAAGAUCGACAUAUUUUCGUAAAUAUUACUGCCAGUUAUAGAGACAAAUGUGCUUAAUAUUUUUCUAUUCCGUUUUCGGAAAAUGAAAGGGAAAAAAGACGGAACCUCUUGAAUCUUACUUUUAACACGACAAUUACACACAGUUUUUGUAACGUUGGAAAUCUCGACGAGGAACAUUAUUCGCAUCUAAAGACCGAAUUGGAUUUGACGUUUAAGAACCGGUGUAUCUACAACGAAUGUGAUGAUGUGAGUACCUAUAUUAUUGAUAUUUUAGUUUCUUAGAACUUGACGUUGCACCUCUGAAACUUCGAAAAUUGUAAUUUAGUUGUUGAACUAAUCUUUACUCGUGUAAAUGUCAAUGAAUAUUACGUGUAUUCGAAGAAAUAGUAAAGAUAUAUACAUACAUGUUGCAUAGGAGUUACAAGUUACUGUUGAAUCGAUGUCAAAUGUCUAGACUUUAAAAACAUAAACAAUUAAAGGAGUCUUCUGAACGGUUUAGAGAAAGUUGCGACGACAAGUUUAUUUUUCAUGUCAUAUCAGGACAAUAGUGACGGAAAUUAUAGUUGACAGAGAAGACAAAGAAAUAUAGAUGUGUGCCUUGAUGUUUUCUGUUUUCGAUCGAAUGAUUUUAUUGUUUAUGAUGAAAUAUAUUUAAAAGAUUGUAAUAUCAUCGUUAGAUUGAAUGCGUUCGUUUAAGUGAUAUAUUGUCUGAGAAUUUUGUAGGAAAUGUAUUUCCCAUGUGUACUUCUCUUCUUACAUAAAAUUGUUUAUGUUUUUCCAAGA